AUGGACAGAACUGCCGACGCCCGAGUUGCCCUGUUCUCUGUUAUCGGUCGUCAACACGACCAGUCCGCUCCUUUGAUGAGGAGUCAGUAUCCUGCUGGUCAGGUCGCUGCUGCCCCCUUCCCACCGACGCGCAAUCCGUUCAAUGCCAAAGGCAGAACCAUAUACAGCGCGGAUGCACACACGACGAGCAAACAGAGAACCCCGUGCCACUCGCCCUACGGGCAGAAUCAGGGGACCAAGAAACACCCUUUUUCUAUUCCGGCCACGCCACCUCGAGGUAGUAGCGGAACAGAAUCGGAGCCUUCAUCCAGCCCAUCGCCAUCUGACCUAGGCGUCUGGAGCGAGGAGGAGCAGGAGAUGUUCGACAUGUACAUGAACAUAGAUGCUUGCGAUGCAUAA